AUGUUUCAAGCUUUCCCCGGAGACUACGACUCCGGCUCCCGGUGCAGCUCCUCACCCUCCGCCGAGUCUCAGUAUCUGUCUUCGGUGGACUCCUUCGGCAGUCCACCCACCGCCGCCGCCUCCCAGGAGUGCGCCGGUCUCGGGGAAAUGCCCGGUUCCUUCGUGCCCACGGUCACCGCGAUCACAACCAGCCAGGACCUCCAGUGGCUCGUGCAACCCACCCUCAUCUCUUCCAUGGCCCAGUCCCAGGGGCAACCACUGGCCUCCCAGCCCCCGGCUGUCGACCCCUACGACAUGCCAGGAACCAGUUACUCCACGCCGGGCAUGAGUGGCUACAGCAGUGGCGGAGCUAGUGGCAGCGGUGGGCCUUCCACCAGCGGAACCACCAGUGGACCUGGGCCUGCCCGCCCCGCCCGAGCCCGGCCUAGGAGACCCCGAGAGGAGACGCUGACUCCGGAGGAGGAGGAGAAGAGAAGGGUUCGCCGGGAACGAAACAAACUGGCAGCAGCUAAGUGUAGGAAUCGUCGGAGGGAGCUGACUGACCGGCUCCAGGCGGAGACAGAUCAGUUGGAGGAAGAAAAGGCAGAGCUGGAGUCGGAGAUCGCUGAGCUCCAAAAGGAGAAGGAGCGUCUGGAGUUUGUGCUGGUGGCCCACAAACCGGGCUGCAAGAUUCCCUACGAAGAGGGGCCGGGUCCUGGCCCGCUGGCGGAGGUGAGAGAUUUGCCGGGGUCAGCAUCCACUAAGGAAGAUGGUUUCAGCUGGCUGCUGCCGCCCCCGCCAGCACCGCCCCUGCCCUUCCAGACCAGCCAAGACGCAGCCCCCAACCUGACAGCUUCUCUCUUUACACACAGUGAAGUUCAAGUCCUCGGCGACCCCUUCCCUGUUGUUAACCCUUCGUACACUUCCUCGUUUGUCCUCACCUGCCCGGAGGUCUCCGCGUUCGCCGGCACCCAACGCCCCAGCGGCAGUGACCAGCCCACCGACCCCCUGAACUCGCCCUCCCUUCUUGCUCUGUGA